GAGGUGCGAGCGUACCAUGGGAGGGCGGUCCGACGCGGAGGCAGCCCCACUCGACGGGGCUCUCGCUUUGCAGAGCGUUGCUUUCGGCCUCGGAGCCCCCUCCGAGCAGUCCUGCGCCUUUUCCAGCUCAGCCUGGACCUUUCGGAGUAAGACGGGUGACUGCUGAGCUGUGAAUUAUGGCACCCUUCUUACGAAUAUCAUUCAACUCUUUUGAGCUAGGACCAGUCCAGAAUCAGGGAGAGCAAUUACAGCCUUUCUGCGCAAUAAAAAUGAAAGAGGCUUUGACUACAGAGAGAGGAAAAACUUUGAUUCAGAAGAAGCCCACUAUGUAUCCCGACUGGAAAACUUCCUUUGAUGCCCACAUCUAUGAAGGACGUGUGAUUCAGAUUGUUCUCAUGAAGGCUGCAGAAGAGCCGUUGUCUGAAGUGACUGUAGGCGUAUCAGUUUUGGCUGAAAGAUGUAAAAAAGGCAAUGGAAAAGCAGAGUUUUGGCUUGAUUUACAACCUCAAGGAAAAGUACUCAUGGCUGUACAAUAUUUUCUAGAAGAUGGAGAUCCUUUGCAAUCAAUAAGAGAAGAUGAAGGAACUGUGACUAUAAAUAGAAGAGGAGCAAUCAAACAAGCAAAGAUCCACUAUAUUAAAAAUCAUGAGUUCAUUGCCACUUUUUUUGGACAACCUACAUUUUGCUCUGUCUGCAAAGAUUUUGUCUGGGGACUAAAUAAGCAAGGAUACAAAUGUAGACAAUGUAAUGCUGCUAUUCACAAAAAAUGCAUUGAUAAAAUCAUUGGGAGAUGUACUGGAACUGCAGCAAACAGCAGAGAUACAAUGUUUCAGAAGGAGCGUUUUCAUAUUGAUAUGCCUCACAGGUUCAAAGUUUAUAAUUAUAUGAGCCCUACUUUCUGCGACCAUUGCGGUAGUCUUCUCUGGGGACUAGUAAAACAAGGAUUAAAAUGUGAAGAGUGUGGAAUGAAUGUGCACCAUAAAUGUCAAAAGAAAGUAGCAAAUCUAUGUGGAAUCAAUCAGAAAUUAUUGGCAGAAGCCUUAAAUCAAGUUAGUCAGAAGUCUACUAGAAAAUCUGAUUCAGGGUCAGUAGAAAGUGUUGGAAUUUAUCAGGAUUUUGACAAGAAGCCUAAAGGUUUUCGUGUAGAUAUGACAGAUAAUUGUGAAUAUGAUAAGCUGUGGGAGGGAAGAUCAUCCUCACGACUAUCCACUAGGAGAAAAUUCAACAUAGAUAGUUUUACAUUCCAUAAGGUUCUUGGAAAAGGAAGCUUUGGAAAGGUGCUACUGGCUGAGCUUAAGGGGAAGAAUGAAUUUUUUGCAGUAAAAGCUUUGAAAAAAGAUGUGGUACUUAUUGAUGAUGAUGUGGAGUGUACCAUGGUGGAAAAGCGGGUCUUAGCACUUGCAUGGGAAAACCCGUUUCUUACACAUCUUUAUUGCACUUUUCAGACUAAGGAACAUUUGUUCUUUGUUAUGGAAUUCCUCAAUGGUGGAGAUCUAAUGUUCCACAUACAGGACAAAGGUCGUUUUGAUCUUUUCAGAGCUACGUUUUAUGGUGCUGAAAUAGUGUGUGGCUUGCAGUUUCUUCACAGUAAAGGCAUUAUUUAUAGGGAUCUCAAAUUAGACAAUGUGAUGCUUGAUAAAGAAGGCCAUAUCAAAAUAGCUGAUUUUGGGAUGUGUAAAGAAAAUGUAUUUGGAGAAAACAAGGCAACAACAUUCUGUGGUACUCCAGAUUAUAUAGCCCCUGAAAUCCUGCAAGGCCUGAAAUAUACAUUUUCUGUAGACUGGUGGUCAUUUGGAGUUUUGUUGUAUGAGAUGCUGAUUGGACAAUCUCCUUUCCAUGGUGAUGAUGAAGAUGAGUUAUUUGAAUCAAUACGAGUAGAUACUCCUCAUUACCCACGUUGGAUUACCAAGGAAUCCAAGGAUAUUCUGGAAAAGCUAUUUGAAAGAGAUUCAACAAAGCGAUUGGGAAUAACUGGAAACAUCAGAGAUCACCAUUUUUUCAAAGCAAUUAAUUGGACAACACUAGAAAAGAGAGAAAUGGAACCUCCUUUCAAACCAAAAGUGAAAUCAGCAAGUGAUUAUAACAACUUUGACAGAGAGUUUUUGAGUGAGAAACCUCGAUUAUCACACAGCGACAAAAACCUAAUAGAUUCUAUGGAUCAGUCAGCAUUUGCUGGUUUUUCAUUCAUCAACCCUAAAUUUGAGCGAAUUCUAGAGAAAUAAUUAAAUCGAACUCUGAGGAACAGCCCUAAUGAAAGCUUUCCAACUCUUCAUAUGGAAUGUGACUGAAAGACAUUCACCUCGUUGUGACCAUCUGUGUAGUGAUCAAUACUUCUGCUAAUUCUUUAGCAACUGGCACAAACUUUGUCUUGUAAGACUGAAGUAUCCUUGUGAAUUAUGUAAUUUUUCUCUGUAGCCGGGAAAAUGUAGAUGUAUGUGUGUUAUUAUUUGAAUGUAGUUAUUUCUUUGGACAAUGCGUAUUGCGGGUGCGCUUUAUUUUGCUUAAGAGGGGAGAUAUUGAUUAUGAAGAUAACUUUUAAAUACAAUGAGACAGCUAACACAUUAAUUCUCAUCAAGUAAAAUGGCUUGACAAUCUAUUUAAUGAAAUCUGGGCUUCAAAUAUUGGUAUUUUUAAUAAGUCCCAUCGGUUAAUACGGCUUCCUGUAACGUGUAUUCUUCCUUAAAAUUUUAUUUUCUUUUAGUGCCUCGAUAAAGAUUUAUUAAAAAUCAUGAAAUAGAAUUUUAAAAUGCCCUUUUUUAGUUUGCUUCCACAAUAUGUAAUUACAUUCAUUGAUUAUAAUAAAGUGUUUGGUGGCACCUUAAAAAUACACAUUUGCCAUUGAAUAACCAUCUGUAGUUGCUGGGAAUUAGGCAGUAUAUAAAUUUAAUAGAUAGAUAAAUAAAGACUACCCCAAAGUAUAUAUACUUGCUAAUUUUAAUGGUUUGCAAAACUAAACUUGCAUCUACAAUCUAAAAUUCACGAUGGAA